AAAUUUAACUAUAUGUUUUUUGAAAAGUAGUAUAAAAUGAAGUCAAAAAAUGCUGCCGUAAAUAAUGGAAAAGAAAUUAAGUUAAAAACUCCUAAGUCAACAUCAACACCAAUGAAUAAAGAAAAGAAAAGAAAAAGUGCUUCUCCAUUAGUAGUAGCAAAUAAAAAAAGAAGGAAUACCGAACCAUCAGGAAAUAAUACAAUGAAUAAUGAAACUACAAGCAAAACUAGUAAAUCAAGAAAUGAUACCACAACACAUAGACGAAUUAAACCGGGGAUCAAGGCAUUAAAAGAAAUAAGAUAUUAUCAAAAGACUGAUCACCUUUUAAUUCCAAAAUUGUCAUUUUGUCGCGUCGUAAAAGAAAUAAUACUAUCAACGAGUAAGUCUGAUAUGCGCAUACAGAGUCAAGCAUUGGCAGCACUUCAGGAAGCUACUGAAGCAUAUGCUGUCAGGUAUAUGCAGGACGCUAAUAUGUGUGCAAUCCACGCGAAUCGAGUGACAAUUCAACCAAAGGACAUGAAACUUGUAGCAUAUUUUGACAAACAUUUAUAAUAUAAAUACUGAAUAUUUUUAUGCAAAAAUUGGAAUACUUUUGGUAGGCAGCAAUAAAAAUUUUCUAUCAGAUGUUUUAAUACAGAGUGUACUUUGUUUUGUCCUAUCGACUGUAUUGGUUUUAAAAAUUUUAAUUCUCUGACAUUUGCCAAAACAGCAUUUUAAUAUGAUAUUGAAAGAUAAAGGUAUUCUAUACAAUGUUUUAAUUGUAAAUAUAUUUUGUUUUAUUUUA